AUGGGAGCCGCCAUUAUGAAGAGCUGCUUUGUUGGAGAGCGCACAGACGCUCCGCCCCGCUAUAAGCUGCAUCAUGAGGUCCGUCGCCGCUACGAACAGCAGUGUGCACGUGUACUUGCCAAGACGCUGCCACCGUCGGCCUUAAGCUCAGUCGCGCAUACGCGUAGUCGCCGUAACGCUACAGUUCUUGAGCCAAUGGACAAGAAGAAACUUGUUGGAAGAAAAGACAGAGAACGAUCGAAAGCGCAGCAUUUACUGCAGACAGCUGUGCAUCUACAAGACGUUAAUCGGACUAAAAAGAGCCCGGUCGGUUCCGUGAGCUCUGAAGCCGCUACGACCUCCGAGAGCUCGUUUGUGAGUGACUCACCGUCUCAUGCAGCGAGCCCCAUAUUUCGUCCAAGUUGCCGCACGUCGGCUGCAGGCUUUCGUGCUCUUUUGCCGGCGCAUUUUGUGCUUGAAUGCGUUGCCGGCAAAGGUACGACCUCAACCUGUUACAAGUGUGUGCGAAAGACGGACGGUCGACAUUUUGCUUGCAAGAUUAUUGAGAAGAGAAGACUUGCUCCAUCGGCUAGAAAGAGGAUGGAGGUUGCGGCACAAUUGCGGCGCGAAGUGAACAUACUGCGACGUGUGGAUCACCCACACAUUACCAAGCUGGAACAAUCUUUUGAAGAUGACAAUUUUCUCAUUCUUAUCAUGGAACUCAUGGAAGGUGGGGAACUGUUUGACGCUAUUGUGGACAGAGGCUGUUUCUCAGAACAAGAGGCUAUUCAUAUUAGUCGCUCUAUUCUAUCGGCCAUUCAGCACAUGCACGAACGUGGUGUCGUUCACCGUGAUCUGAAGCCGGAGAACAUGCUGCUGGCCGUGUCGACUCGUCGUGACCGUUGUCAGGAUAUUGUUACGGCACUAAACAUUAAAAUUAUUGAUUUUGGUUUUGCUAAAGUACUGAAGGAGGGUGCGACGUCCACGUCCUUUUUGGGAACAGGAGGCUACUUAGCUCCAGAGAUUUUACUGCGACAGUCCUACGGUGCCUCCGUAGACAUGUGGUCCUUUGGGGUCCUGACGUAUUUGCUGCUUUGCGGUCGACUACCGUUUGCAGCUACGACUCGGCUGCGACCGAACCAAACGAUUCAAUCGUUGUACAAACUGACCUUUCCCGGGAGGUACUGGCGUGGGGUAAGUCCCUUGGCUAUUGAAUUCCUGCAACGCGUAUUGGAGCUCAACCCAUCCAUGCGUUUUACAGCCACAGAGGCACUGAACCACCCGUGGCUUCGAUGCUGA